CCCCGGCGGCGGCAGUUGUACGAGGACAUGGCAGGGGCAGGAGCGACCAAGCUUUUUGCAGGAAAUUUCGGAAAUGUCUGUCGCCAGCUUGCUGUGCGCUCCCAGAGCACAGCAGCUGCAACAGCUGCCCAACCUGUACCAGAAAAGAGGUUGAAGAAGUUUUCCAUUUAUCGCUGGGAUCCCGAGAAGCAAGGAGACAAGCCUCACAUGCAGACCUAUGAGGUGGACCUCAACACCUGUGGUCCCAUGAUACUGGAUGCUCUGCUUAAGAUUAAGAACGAGAUCGACCCUUCCCUGACCUUCAGGAGAUCAUGCCGAGAGGGAAUCUGCGGAUCUUGCUCCAUGAACAUUGGUGGUGUUAAUACAUUGGCCUGCAUCAGCAAAAUCGACACAAACUUAAACAAGGCAACAAAGAUCUACCCCCUUCCUCACAUGUAUGUCAUUAAGGACCUGGUUCCCGACAUGAACAAUUUCUACGAACAGUAUCGUUCAAUCCAGCCCUGGUUACAGCGUGAGGAUGGACUCAAGCCAGGCGAUCAGCAGUAUCUGCAGUCUGUUGAUGACCGCAAAAAGCUGGAUGGUCUUUAUGAGUGCAUUCUUUGUGCUUGCUGUUCCACCUCCUGCCCAUCAUACUGGUGGAACGGAGACAAGUACCUUGGCCCAGCAGUCCUCAUGCAAGCCUACCGAUGGAUCAUUGAUUCUAGGGAUGAAAUGUCUGAGGAACGUCUGAAGAGGCUACGUGAUCCUUUCUCAGUGUACCGUUGCCACACCAUCAUGAACUGCACAAAGACAUGCCCUAAGGGAUUGAACCCAGGAAGAGCCAUUGCAGAGGUGAAGAAGCUGCUCUCAGGCAUUGCUAAGAAAGGAGAACCUGGCCUGCACCCCAUGGGAGCCAACUAACAGUCAUGUAAAUUCAGAGAAUGCAUUGCAAGUAAACUCCAAAGACAUUCUGAUAAUACUCUCAGAAGUAUUGACCAAGGAAGUCGAGUACAAUUGCUUAAUGAAGAAAAUCAUGGGUUCUCACUAACAUGUCUUUAGUGGGAAUGAUUGAUCUCUUUAGAUGGAAUAUUUAUGAAGUUGAGUGGAAAAGCAGAAAGGCGGGCAAUGUAGUCUUUUGAGAUUAAGCACCAGUAGUCAGACUGAGAGAUUUUGCACUAUCUACCUAAUUUAUCCAGCCGUGGCAGAAGUGCUUCAGCUACAGUUACUUAAUCUCAGGUGGUCCUGUUCUGCUGUACAGUAAAUGUGUAUAGAGAAAACUAAUAAUCAAUGGUAACACUAAACACAUGUAUAUGUGCAGGGUUCAUGGAUAAAUGUGUAGAUAUAUUUCCCCUGAAAAUAAUUCAUGUACAUAUUCACCAUUUCAGAAUUUUUCAUUUUAUCAAUGAAAUAAUGAAUCUGCUGUAUCACCCAUACAAAUAAAGGGUUUGAAGGGAUUUACUUUAUUUUCAUGUAUUAUUCCAGUUUUGUGAUGAUGGUGCAUGAGGAGAGUGUGAAUGUUAUUCAGUGUCAAUGAGAGAUGGUCUGUAUUAUCAGGUUGUAAUAAAUAUUUAAGCUUUA